UCACACAAUCUCCUUAUCCUAAGAGCCGUGCUGUGACUAUUAUCCCUGCAAUGAGAACAACUCUGGCUGUGAAGGCCGGAAACUCUGCUCACAAUGGGAGAGUGUGUAGCACAUGGGGCAACUUCCAUUUCAAGACCUUUGAUGGGGACAUCUAUCAUUUCCCUGGAACCUGCAAUUACGUCUUUGCCUCCCACUGCAAAUCUGUCUAUGAAGACUUCAACAUCCAAAUAAGGCGCUCUGUGGUUGAGAAUGCUACCAUUGUCGGCCAUAUCAUCAUGAAAAUUGAGGGAGUAGCCAUUGAACUGACCCCAAACUCCAUUACUCUCAAUGGAGAACGUGUCCAGCUGCCUUACAGCCACUUAGGAGUCUUGAUGCAGAGAAGCUCAGGUUACCUGAAAAUUGUUGCCAAGCUAGGCCUGGUGGUCAUGUGGAACCAAGAGGAUGGCCUUCUGCUUGAACUGAAUGAGAAAUAUGCUAAUCAGACAUGUGGACUUUGCGGGGACUUCAAUGGAAUUGCCACAUUCAAUGAAUUCGUGUCUAACAACAUCAAACUGAAUCCUGUGCAGUUUGGAAACAUGCAGAAGAUGGAUGGACCCACAGAAGAAUGCCAAGAUCCUGUCCCUUCAGCUGCAAGCAACUGCAGUCAUGAGUUUAGUACCGUCUGCCAAACUGUAUUGACUGGUGAAGCAUUCAUGGGCUGCAAUGCACUAGUUGAAGUACAAGAUUACCUUGAUGCUUGCAUACAAGACCUGUGCAGCUGCGAUAAGUCUGCCACUGAAUCUUGCAUUUGUAACACCUUUGCCGAAUAUUCCCGACAGUGUGCCCAUGCUGGUGGACAACCACUUGAAUGGAGAACUGAAGAACUGUGCACUAAGUCAUGUCCUUUUAAUAUGGAGCAUCGGGAAUGUGGAUCCCCUUGUGCUGAUACUUGUACCAAUCCUGAAAGGUCCCAGCUCUGUGAAGAUCAUUGUACAGAUGGCUGCUUCUGUCCCCCAGGCACUGUUUUUGAUGACAUAAACAACUCUGGCUGCAUCCCUGUUAAGGACUGUCACUGUACUUACAAUGGGGAUACCUAUUCUCCUGGAGCUUCUUUUGCAUCCCAAUGCAUUUCAUGUGCAUGUACUGGAGGCCAAUGGACUUGUGUCAGCCUUUCAUGCCCUGGAAUAUGCUCUAUCGAAGGAGGCUCCCACAUCUCAACAUUUGAUGAGAAACACUAUUCCUUCUUUGGGGACUGUAGCUAUGUCUUAACUAAGCUCUGUGACAGCAAUGCCUUCACUGUUCUGGGAGAAAUUCGAAAGUGUGGCCUGACAGAUAGCGAGACCUGCCUGAAAGGCAUAGCCAUCAGCAUAGGCGGAGGACAGACAGUAAUUGUGAUCAAGUCUACUGGGGCUGUGUAUGUGAAUAUGAUCCUCACCCAGCUACCCAUCUCAGCAUCUAACGUCACCAUCUUCAGGCCUUCGUCAUUCUUCAUCAUUGUGCAAUCAAAUUUUGGCCUCCAGUUAGAUAUCCAGCUUGUACCUAUCAUGCAACUCUUUGUGCGCUUGGACCCAACCCACAAAGAGCAGACCUGUGGUCUCUGUGGGAACUUCAAUAGUGUCCAGUCAGAUGACUUCCAAGCCAUCAGUGGAGUGGUAGAAGGAACCUCAGCUGCUUUUGCCAACACUUGGAAAACCCAGGCCGAUUGCCCCAACAUCAAAAACAUCUUUGAGAACCCAUGUACUCUCAGCAUAGAGAAUGAAAAAUAUGCUUCGCACUGGUGUGGACUGCUGACAGACACCAACGGACCCUUUCAGAAGUGUCACUCUGUAGUAAAUCCAGCUGUUUACCACACGAACUGCAUGUUUGACACCUGUAACUGUGAAAGGAGUGAGGACUGCAUGUGUGCUGCACUCUCCUCCUAUGUCAGAGCCUGUGCUGCAAAAGGAGUGCUGCUGAGUGGAUGGAGGACCAGUAUCUGCACCAAAUACCAAAUAUGCCCCAAAACCCUGGUUUACCGUUAUACCAUUGAUGCCUGCCAACCCACCUGCCGAGCUCUGAGUGAGCCUGAUGUCACCUGCAACAUUAAGUUUACUGCCGUGGAUGGAUGCACCUGUGAAGAAGGGAAGUACAUGGAUGAAAGUGGCAAAUGUGUUCCUGCUACCAGCUGCCCUUGUUACUACAAAGGGUCUCCUAUACCAUCUGGAGAAGUUGUUCAUGAAAAUGGUGUCAUUUGCACUUGCACACAAGGAAAGCUUCAGUGCAUUGGAGAAGUGAAACCACAACCAGUGUGCAAUGCUCCCAUGGUUUACUUUAACUGCGCUAAUGCCACAGUAGGAGCCACUGGAGCCGAGUGUCAGAAGAGUUGUCAGACACUUGACAUUGGAUGCUACAGCACACAGUGUGUCUCUGGCUGCAUGUGUCCUAAUGAACUGAUAUCUGAUGGCAAAGGUGGAUGUGUAGCUGCUGAAGAAUGCCCAUGUAUUCACAAUGAAGCCACAUACAAUCCAGGGGAAACCAUCAAGGUGAAAUGUAAUACUUGUACAUGUAAGAACAGAAAGUGGGAAUGCUCCAAUGAACCCUGCCUGGCAACAUGCUCUGUUUAUGGAGAUGGUCAUUACAUCACCUUUGAUGGCAAACGCUAUAGCUUCAGUGGAGACUGUGAAUACACACUAGUCCAGGACCACUGCAGUAAAAACCAUACAAAUGGAGGAACUUUCAGGGUUAUCACGGAGAAUAUCCCCUGCGGCACCACUGGGACUACGUGCUCAAAAGCCAUUAAAGUGUUCUUGGGGGACUAUGAGCUUAUACUCACUGAUGGAAAAUUUGAAGUGAUACAGAGGCUUCCUGGUGGAGGUGAAGUGCCAUACAAGGUCCGUUACAUGGGCAUUUACAUGGUGAUUGACACCUCAGUUGGAUUGGUCCUGAUGUGGGACAGGAAAACCAGUAUCUUCAUCAAACUUAAUGAAGAAUUUAAGGGUCAGGUUUGCGGCCUCUGUGGAAACUAUGAUGGCAAUGACAUUAAUGACUUCACCACUAGGAGUCAGUCUAUUAUUGGAGAUGUGCUGGAGUUUGGUAACAGCUGGAAGGUGUCUCCCAGUUGUCCAGAUGCCCCAGGCAUCAGGGAUCCUUGUUCUGCAAACCCAUAUAGGAAUUCUUGGGCCCAGAAGCAAUGUAGCAUCAUUAACAGCCAAGUGUUUGCCUCCUGCCAUUCUCAGGUGGAACCAACUAAAUAUUAUGAAGACUGCAUCUCUGAUGCCUGUGCUUGUGACACUGGGGGAGACUGUGAAUGUUUCUGUACUGCUGUAGCUGCCUAUGCUCAGGCGUGCAAUGAAGCUGGCACAUGCGUUUCUUGGAGAACUCCAUCCAUCUGCCCUCUGUUCUGUGAUUAUUACAAUCCAAAAGGGGAGUGCGAGUGGCAUUACCAGCCUUGUGGCUCUCCUUGUAUGAAGACUUGCAGAAAUCCAAGUGGAAAAUGCCUACAUGAGUUACAAGGCUUAGAAGGCUGCUAUCCAAAGUGUCCAGCUGAUAAGCCCUAUUUUGAUGAAGAUGAGAUGGAGUGUGUCGAUCUUCCAAAGUGUGGCUGCUUUGAUGACAAAGGAAACCAUUAUAAACCAGGAGAAAAAAUGCCUUCAGAAAAGAGCUGUCAAUCAUGUUAUUGCUCAAUGGCCAGUGCAAGGGAGUGUGGAUAUGAUGAACUUGAAUGCCACUGCAUCUAUGAAGGCAAGAUUAGUAAGCCUGGGGAUAUCAUCUACAACACCACAGAUGGCAUUGGAGGAUGCAUCACUGCAAUUUGCAGUAAAAAUGGAACAAUAGAAAGGAAUAUCUUCCCAUGUGAAACAUCCAUCACCACCACAGCAAGCUCUACUGUCUUUGGAUUUUCUACUACCUCUUUACCAGCAACCACUACUGCAGUGCCAACAACUACAUCCACUUGUGUUCAAGAAGUAUGCCAGUGGUCACAGUGGUAUGAUACGAGUCAGCCUGGUUCUGGAAAUGACGAUGGAGAUUUUGAUACUUUUGACAAUCUAAGAGCAGAAGGAUAUAAAGUCUGCAAUGCUCCGAAGGAUGUUUACUGCAGAGCAGAGAAAUUCCCCAAUAUGCCAUUAAGUGAACUGGGCCAAAAAGUAGAAUGCAAUAAAAUGGUGGGACUAAUCUGUUACAAUAAGGAUCAGCAUCCAAUGAGCUGCCACAAUUAUCAAAUCAAAAUCCUAUGUUGUAGAUAUGUACCAUGUGGCAGUUACACUACUACAUCGACGCCUGAAACUACUACAGUCUCUGUCGCUCCUACAACACCAACUGCUACAACCCCACAGACCACUUCUUCAUCUGCUGGAACAACAAUCAGAUCUACUACAGAAACAGUGUAUCCUAGAACAGAAAUCACAAAACAAGCUACUUGUAAACCCACAUGUAAAUGGACUGCAUGGUAUGAUGUGCAUUUUCCCACUUUGGAAAAUAAAGGGGAUUUUGAAACAUAUGACAUAAUUAGGGCUGCAGGAAAAGAUAUCUGUGAAAAACCUGAACAUAUAGAAUGCAGGGCAGAGAAAUACCCAGAGAAAUCUAUUGAUGAAAUUGGUCAAACUGUUCAGUGUAAUGUGUCAUUUGGCUUUGUUUGCAAAAAUGAAGAUCAGUCAGGAAUACUGCAAAUGUGUUUUAACUAUCAAAUUAAAGUCUACUGCUUUACAACUAAACCAAAAAUCACACCAGAAAUUACAUCUUCUGUUCCAGAGACAACAGUCACAACCACACUUUCUACUACAAAAUCAACAGCCACAACUGCUAUAACCACAACACCCACUACAGUUCCAGAAACUACAACGGUUACAGCACCUUCUACAACUAAAAUUACACCCACAACAAGAGAAACAACACAUCCUGCUAGCUCAACAAUUACUCCUUUAACAAACCCACAAACUACAACAAAAAGUACAACCACAGUGUUCACCACUUCUGAAGCAACAACAUUAACCACAACACCUUCUCCAACUAAAACACAUAUACCAACAACAGUAAAGGAAACAAGUAUUCCACUGACAACAAAACAAUUAGAAACUACAACGGUGUUAACCACAGCACCUUCAACAACUGAACACUGCACUAAGGAAGUUUGUGAAUGGUCCCAGUGGUAUGAUAUAAGUUAUCCAGGAUCUGCACUGAAUGAUGGAGAUUUUGAUACAUUUAACAAUAUCAGAGCGAAAGGAUAUGAAGUCUGCAAGGCACCAAAGAAUGUUGAAUGCAGAGCAGUAAGAUAUCCAGAUACACCACUGCAGGAAUUGGAGCAAAACGUUACAUGUAGUAAAACAGAAGGACUCAUAUGUUACAAUAAAGACCAACUGCCACCAAUUUGCUAUAAUUAUGAGAUUAGAAUUGAAUGCUGCAAAAAGGUAAUUGUACCAUGUCCAACUACUGCACCUCUCACAACUACAAAACCUGUGAUCCCAACCUCAAAAACAACUACGACUGCAACAACCACAAUAGUAUCAACUACAGUUUCAGAAACUACUAGGCCAAUGCCAGAAACUACCACAACAGCAAAGACUAUUAUUACAAGAAUUCAAACACCUCAGAAGCCAUCUAAAGCACCACAAGUAAAUGUAACAACAAAAAAAACACCACAAACAAUAUCAGUUACAACUAGGACGAUACCACUAAUUACUACAAAACAUGAGUCCCUGAAAACUACAGAAGUUCCAAUAACAACCUCAACCAUCACUAAGCCAUUAACAACUACACAAAAACAAACUAUCACAACAGAGACAACUGCAACAACAACCACUACCACAAUGAAGGAAACCACUACACUUCCAGUAACCACUACUACCACUUCCAAACCACCAGUAACAACUACAGCACCAAAACCCACCACAACAGAGACACCUGCAACAACCACCAGUACUACACCCAAGGAAACCACUACGCCUCCACUAAUCACCACUACCAAACCACCCGUAACAACUACAGCACCAAAAACCACAACAGAGAAACCUGCAACAACCACCAGUACCACACCCAAGGAAACCACUACACUUCCAGUAACCACCACUACCAAACUACCCAUAACAACUACAGCACCAAAACCCACCACAACAGAGACACCUGCAACAACCACCAGUACUACACCCAAGGAAACCACUACACUUCCAGUAACCAUCACUACCAAACCACCCGUAACAACUACAGCACCAAAACCCACCACAACAGAGACACCUGCAACAACCACCAGUACUACACCCAAGGAAACCACUACGCCUCCAGUAACCAUCACUACCAAACCACCCGUAACAACUACAGCACCAAAAACCACAACAGAGAAACCUGCAACAACCACCAGUACCACACCCAAGGAAACCACUACACUUCCAGUAACCACCACUACCAAACUACCCAUAACAACUACAGCACCAAAACCCACCACAACAGAGACACCUGCAACAACCACCAGUACUACACCCAAGGAAACCACUACACUUCCAGUAACCAUCACUACCAAACCACCCGUAACAACUACAGCACCAAAACCCACCACAACAGAGACACCUGCAACAACCACCAGUACUACACCCAAGGAAACCACUACGCCUCCAGUAACCAUCACUACCAAACCACCCGUAACAACUACAGCACCAAAAACCACAACAGAGAAACCUGCAACAACCACCAGUACCACACCCAAGGAAACCACUACACUUCCAGUAACCACCACUACCAAACUACCCAUAACAACUACAGCACCAAAACCCACCACAACAGAGACACCUGCAACAACCACCAGUACUACACCCAAGGAAACCACUACACUUCCAGUAACCAUCACUACCAAACCACCCGUAACAACUACAGCACCAAAACCCACCACAACAGAGACACCUGCAACAACCACCAGUACUACACCCAAGGAAACCACUACGCCUCCAGUAACCAUCACUACCAAACCACCCGUAACAACUACAGCACCAAAAACCACAACAGAGAAACCUGCAACAACCACCAGUACCACACCCAAGGAAACCACUACACUUCCAGUAACCACCACUACCAAACCACCUAUAACAACUACAGCACCAAAAACCACAACACAGAAACCUGCAACAACCACCAGUACCACACCCAAGGAAACCAAGCCAGUCACAACAACAAAAGUUCCCAAAACCAUGCCUCCCGUAGGAAGCUCUACAAGUUUGCCCACGAGGACUUUACCAGUCAUAACUACAACUACCGAGAGGACGUCUACCACUCCAGGUCCAUGUGCACCUAUAUGUCAGUGGUCUGAGUGGUAUGAUGUUGACUACCCCACUAGUGGACCAAAAGGAGGAGACAUUGAAACCUAUAACAACAUUCAGGCUGCAGGAGGCAAAAUCUGUGGGAAGCCAGCAAAUAUCCAGUGCAGGGCUGAAAAUCACCCUGACCUCAGCAUUGACCAAGUUGGUCAGAUUGUUGAGUGUGAUGUGAACUUUGGACUGGUGUGCAAGAAUGUGGAACAAAUUGGAAAAUUCAAGCUGUGCUUCAACUAUGAGAUACGGGUGUUGUGCUGUGAAGAAAACCCCAAAUGUGUAUCUACUACCAGCCCAGUCACCACCACUACCAAACCCACCACUACACUUCCAGUAACCACCACUACCAAACCACCUGUAACAACUACAGCACCAGAAACCACAACAACAGAGAAACCUGCAACAACCACCAGUACCACACCAAAGGAAACCACUACACUUCCAGUAACCACCACUACCACUUCCAAACCACCCAAAACAACUACAGCACCAAAAGUCACAACAACAGAGAAACCUGCAACAACCACCAGUACCACACCCAAGGAAACCAAGCCAGUCACAACAACAAAAGUUCCCAAAACCAAGUCUCCUGUAGGAAGCACUACAAGUUUGCCCACUAGGACUUUACCAGUCAUAACUACAACUACUGAGAGAACGUCCACCACUCCAGGUCCAUGUGCACCUAUAUGUCAGUGGUCUGAGUGGUAUGAUGUUGACUACCCCACUAGUGGACCAAAAGGAGGAGACAUUGAAACCUAUAACAACAUCCAGGCUGCAGGAGGCAAAAUCUGUGGGAAGCCAGCAAAUAUCCAGUGCAGGGCUGAAAAUCACCCUGACCUCAGCAUUGACCAAGUUGGUCAGAUUGUUGAGUGUGAUGUGAACUUUGGACUGGUGUGCAAGAAUGAGGAACAAAUUGGAAAAUUCAAGCUGUGCUUCAACUAUGAGAUACGGGUGUUGUGCUGUGAAGAAAACCCCAAAUGUGUAUCUACUACCAGCCCAGCCACCACCACUACCAAACCCACCACUACACUUCCAGUGACCACCACUACCAAACCCACCACUACACUUCCAGUAACCACCACUACCAAACCACCCGUAACAACUACAGCACCAGAAACCACAACAACAGAGAAACCUGCAACAACCACCAGUACCACACCCAAGGAAACCACUACACUUCCAAUAACCACCACUACCAAACCACCCGUAACAACUACAGCACCAAAAACCACAACAGAGAAACCUUCAACAACCACCAGUACCACACCCAAGGAAACCAAGCCAGUCACAACAACAAAAGUUCCCAAAACCAUGCCUCCCAUAGGAAGCACUACAAGUUUGCCCACUAGGACUUUACCAGUCACAACUACAACUACCGAGAGGACGUCUACCACUCCAGGUCCAUGUGCACCUAUAUGUCAGUGGUCUGAGUGGUAUGAUGUUGACUACCCCACUAGUGGACCAAAAGGAGGAGACAUUGAAACCUAUAACAACAUCCAGGCUGCAGGAGGCAAAAUCUGUGGGAAGCCAGCAAAUAUCCAGUGCAGGGCUGAAAAUCACCCUGACCUCAGCAUUGACCAAGUUGGUCAGAUUGUUGAGUGUGAUGUGAACUUUGGACUGGUGUGCAAGAAUGUGGAACAAAUUGGAAAAUUCAAGCUGUGCUUCAACUAUGAGAUACGGGUGUUGUGCUGUGAAGAAAACCCCAAAUGUGUAUCUACUACCAGCCCAGCCACCACCACUACCAAACCCACCACUACACUUCCAGUAACCACCAGUACCAAACCACCCAUAACAACUACAGCACCAGAAACCACAACAACAGAGAAACCUGCAAUAACCACCAGUACCACAUCCAAGGAAACCACUACACUUCCAAUAACCACCGCUACCAAACCACCCGUAACAACUACAGCACCAAAAACCACAACAGAGAAACCUGCAACAACCACCAGUACCACACCCAAGGAAACCACUACACUUCCAGUAACCACCACUACCAUUUCCAAACCACCCGUAACAACUACAGCACCAAAAGCCACAACAACAGAGAAACCUGCAACAACCACUAGUACCACACCCAAGGAAACCAAGCCAAUCACAACAACAAAAGUUCCCAAAACCACGUCUCCUGUAGGAAGCACUACAAGUUUGCCCACUAGGACUUUACCAGUCAUAACUACAACUACCGAGAGGACGUCUACCACUCCAGGUCCAUGUGCACCUAUAUGUCAGUGGUCUGAGUGGUAUGAUGUUGACUACCCCACUAGUGGACCAAAAGGAGGAGACAUUGAAACCUAUAACAACAUCCAGGCUGCAGGAGGCAAAAUCUGUAGGAAGCCAGCAAAUAUCCAGUGCAGGGCUGAAAAUCACCCUGACCUCAGCAUUGACCAAGUUGAUCAGAUUGUUGAGUGUGAUGUGAACUUUGGACUGGUGUGCAAGAAUGAGGAACAGAUUGGAAAAUUCAAGCUGUGCUACAACUAUGAGAUACGGGUGUUGUGCUGUGAAGAAAACCCCAAAUGUGCAUCUACUACCAGCCCAGCCACCACCAUUACCAAACCCACCACUACACUUCCAGUAACCACCACUACCAAACCACCCGUAACAACUACAGCACCAGAAACCACAACAGAGAAACCUGCAACAACCACCAGUACCACACCCAAGGAAACCACUACACUUCCAAUAACCAUCACUACCAAACCACCCGUAACAACUACAGCACCAGAAACCACAACAGAGAAACCUGCAACAACCACCAGUACCACACCCAAGGAAACCACUACACUUCCAGUAACCACCACUACCACUACCAAACCACCUAUAACAACUACAGCACCAAAAACCACAACACAGAAACCUGCAACAACCACCAGUACCACACCCAAGGAAACCAAGCCAGUCACAACAACAAAAGUUCCCAAAACCAUGCCUCCCGUAGGAAGCUCUACAAGUUUGCCCACGAGGACUUUACCAGUCAUAACUACAACUACCGAGAGGACGUCUACCACUCCAGGUCCAUGUGCACCUAUAUGUCAGUGGUCUGAGUGGUAUGAUGUUGACUACCCCACUAGUGGACCAAAAGGAGGAGACAUUGAAACCUAUAACAACAUUCAGGCUGCAGGAGGCAAAAUCUGUGGGAAGCCAGCAAAUAUCCAGUGCAGGGCUGAAAAUCACCCUGACCUCAGCAUUGACCAAGUUGGUCAGAUUGUUGAGUGUGAUGUGAACUUUGGACUGGUGUGCAAGAAUGUGGAACAAAUUGGAAAAUUCAAGCUGUGCUUCAACUAUGAGAUACGGGUGUUGUGCUGUGAAGAAAACCCCAAAUGUGUAUCUACUACCAGCCCAGCCACCACCACUAGUAACCCAACCACUACACUUCCAGUAACCACUACAACAAUUAGUAGUACUUCACUUACCCCCACAGGAACAGCACUACCAACACCAACACCUUGUUUAUGCAAAAUUGGAGAAGAAUUUUACAGUCCUGGUGAAACAAUUUACAACAAAACAGACAGCGAUGGUUGCCUUUUUACUGCUGUUUGCAGUAUAACAUGUUCUGUUGAGAGAUCCAAAGGACCAUGCAGAUUAACAACACCAAAACCAACUCCAGCCGUUGUUAUCACAACACCCACCACUGCUACUCCUCCCAAAGUUGGCACAACUGAGCCAUCUGGCUGUCCGGAUUCUAAUCCACCCCUAAAGACUGGUGACAAAUGGGUAUCGAACUGCACUGUAUCAACUUGUGAGGGAAAUAACAAAAUUGCUGUAAGCCAAGUGAAGUGUCCACCAGUGAAGAAUAUUGUUUGUGAAAAUGGGUACCCACCAGUGAAAGUCUUCAGCAAAGACAGCUGUUGCUAUCACUAUGAAUGUGAAUGUGUUUGUAGUGGCUGGGGUGAUCCUCACUAUAUCACAUUUGAUGGAAUCUACUACACCUUCCUGGACAACUGCACAUAUGUGCUGGUGCAACAGAUUACACCUAAAUAUGACAACUUCAGGGUUCUUAUUGAUAAUUACUUCUGUGAUGCUGAAGAUGGACUUUCCUGUCCUCAAUCUAUUAUUAUUUACUAUAAAUCAUCAGUAGUAGUACUAACCCGCAAACCCUUUAAUGGGGUGGAAGCUAACAAGAUCUACUUCAAUGAUAAGAUUGUCAACCCAGGUUUCCAGAAAGAUGGCAUUUUUAUCUCUAUGAUUGGCAUCAAUAUGGUGGUUGAGAUUCCUGAGAUCGGUGCUACCAUCACCUUCAGCGGUUUAAUCUUCUCAAUAAAGCUUCCAUAUAGCAAAUUCGGCAACAAUACCGAAGGACAGUGUGGUACCUGUACAAAUGAUAAAUCAGAUGAAUGUCGCUUACCAAGUGGUCAGAUAACCGAUUGUCCCCGCAUGGCUCCCAGUUGGAGAGUUCCUGAUGACAAGAAGGAGUACUGCUUUGGACCACCACCACCUAUUGUAACCACACCAAAACCACAAGAACCUUGCAAACCUACCCCUCUUUGUGAAAUGAUUUUGAACGAGGUCUUCGCUGAUUGCCAUGAAGUCAUACCUCCAGAGCCCUUCUACAAAGGCUGUGUCUUUGAUGCUUGCCACAUCAUCAAUACCACCAUGCAGUGUUCUGGUUUAGAGAUAUAUGCUUCUCUCUGUGCCUCUAAAGGCAUUUGUAUUGACUGGAGAGCAAAGACCAAGGGUGCAUGCCCAUACAGCUGCCCUGAAGGCCAACUAUAUGACGCAUGUGGCCCAAUCAACCCUCUCACAUGUGAUGCAAGGUCUAUUCAGCACAGUGGCAGCGGCAUAACAGAAGGUUGCUUUUGUCCUCCUGGAACCAAGCUCUUCAAUGCCUAUGGUGAAAGCUGUGUUACUGACUGCGGUUGUACUGGACCAGAUGGGAUGCCCAAAGAGCCUGGAGCAAGGUGGUUCAGCAACUGCCAGGAGUGUACUUGUGAGAAAUAUACUCUUAAAGUGCAGUGUACACCAAAGACAUGUGCAUCACCUAUCCCAGUGCCCUGUGAAUUUGAAGGGUUUGUACCUGUCACAGUAACAACGCCUGAAGAUAAAUGCUGUCCUCAAAUAAAGUGCCUGAAACUACCGGGCUGUGUUGAAAAUGAUAUAUUCUACAAACCUGAAGCAAUUGUUCCAAGAGGCCCCUGUGAAACAUGUACAUGUUCUGUUGAAGAAGAUCCAGAAAGCCAAUUCAACAAGGUGGAAUGUGUGUCACAAGUAUGUGACAGAAGAUGCCCAGUGGGCUAUGAAUACAAAGAAACACCUGGACAAUGCUGUGGUAGCUGCCUUCAGAUAGCUUGUGUUCUGAAACAGGGACCCAGUGACAUUCAAGUUAUCAAGAGCGGCUGGCAGGAUUCGCCAACCGCCGUGGCCAGUAAAGGGCAUGCCACACCGAUGUUGUGGCCCUCGCUCUCCUUUUUCUCCUCCGAUGACUCUCCAAGGCGGCUGGGCAUGUCGUACCGCACCCCCGACAACGCCGACAACGCGGCCAACGGAAGGCGCGCCACACCGCGUCCCUGGCGCCACGGCCUUCGCUCUCUCCUCCGCAGGGACGCCCAGAACAGAACAGGGCCGCAGCCCCCAACCCAGGCCCAUUGUUCCACACCCGCCGGCAACAAGCCGCCACCAACAAGCUCCGAGCAGGAGGCCACCGGAGGCUGCCCCAGCAGCAAACCGCGGGGAGCAGCGGAGAGGCACAAGCCGGGGAAAACUCCCCCACCAGACCAGCGCCCACCCGACCGCCACACUCUCCUCGCCAACACCAACGCCGGGUCUCGCAACGCCGACCUCGCAGCCAGGGAGGUAAGUAAGCCACGUUCGUUCCUCGUUCGUUCCUCGGCCUCGGCCUCGAUUUACUGCAACCUGCAGCGGUGUUCUUAUCAUCAGCGCCUCGCCUCACAGCGCCUCGCCAUCCCAACAAUUUACAAUUUACAAAAGGGCAAGAGAGGGUGGGCAACCAGAUAUGUCCAAAUAGAGGUGCUCGCAUAUCUAAUUCCUAUAUGA